UGUGGUGGUGGGAAAUAUCCUACAUCCGAGCAGCAACCGAGUUGCCUGGAACGUAGCGUGCUGAUGACGUCAAGCCCUGCGACGCUUUUAGCGUACUCGUCGCGUGUGUUUUGAAAGCGCGACGUGCGUUGAUUAUUCUAGUGUCUGAUAUUUUAAAAAUUACUCUCGUUUGAACAAUUAUGUCGUUUAUGGAGGACGAAGCAUCAGACUGUGAGGUUGACUCGCGCUCGCGAUUGGAAAGCUUUAUGUUCAGUUGUCAGCUGUCAUCCGAAGUUCCCUUUUACACAUUUCAGGCAGACGAAGAUGAUGAUGUGGAACAUUUUCUCGAGCUGAGAACGAUUUGUUUGGGUGAUGGUGCCAAAGAGGAGAAUAACGUGGUGGAAGUGACCGCAAUGAAUCACCAAGGAAAGAAAAUAUCUGUGCCUGUAGCAAAUCUUCACAUUUCAUGUUUACCCAUGGUGAGCCUGGGGGAGUUUGAGUUGAUGGCUCCUGUAACACUACGCCUGAAAUCUGGAUCUGGACCAGUGACUAUCAGUGGGCUGCAUUUAGUCGCCACAGAGAAUGAAGAGUCUGAAAUGUCAGAUGAGGAGGAGGAUGAUGAUGAUGAUGAUGAUAUUGAAGAACUGCCCUCAGUCAAACCAGCCAAGAAAAAGCAGAAGCUUUAAUCUCACAUAAGAUCAAUUUGUGAUGUUUACAUCAAACCUUUGUACGUUUUCUACAAUAUUAGAUUCAAUUUUCCUCUAUGAAAUGACGGAGGGAGGCAAACGUUUGGACUUUUGUCCUGUCAGAUGUUAAACAGAAAGGUAAAAGCCUUCACGUUUAAAUUGUUUUUAUUUAGUUCAAUGCUGUGUUACAACACUCUGGAUUAAGGGAUUGGUUGUUGCACCGUCAAGUGAUCUGGACUGCCAACAGCUUUGACUUAGUGGUGACCUGGGAAUAAAAUUCAGUCCCAUUACUGAGCCAUUUUCCCCUAUGUGGCUUUCAGAUGUACUUAUAAAUGUAAUUACUACAGAGUGUAAUGAUAUUAAUAUGAAAAGUCUACUAUAUAACAAGCAACUGACAGUGGACAGUGAAAAGCCUUGAUUUCAUCUGAAAAAAGCUGCAAUUUCAAUCUGCAGCUGCCUUUUUGGAAACCACCAGCACUGUUCUCUGGAGUUUUUCAUUUUAUUACACAGUAUGUAAUCUUUUUUUAAACUUAAUUUUUAGAUUUUAAAUUUAUGUCUGUUUUUUAGCACUGGUAAAGUGUGAUGUUCAGAUCAGUCAUGAAGGAAUGCCAUGGUUGCCAGUUUUGUAUUUUUACAGAUUUAUUUACGAAUUCUGUAAAUAAAAUUUGUUUUAGUAGAAUUUAUGCCAAUUUGUGUUUUUUCCAGACUUACUUUUAAAUGUUUGUUAAAUAAAGCACAAUAUUGUAUAUAGUAAUAAAUGUUAUAAGCUUAUUCAAAACAUGA